UUAACACGAUCUACUUUCAGUUUGAUUCAGUUGCUGUUGCAGAAGUAACAGACGACCUGACUCUCCCCUUACGGAGGCACCGAAUCUUCCCCAAAAACACAGAGGAGCAGGUCUUCCCUCAGCCCCAGUAAUGGCGUCAAACAGGCAACUGGUUGGGAUCUUUUCACGUGAAUCCCAAGAGGCAUAUGAUUGGCUGAUCACGUUCCUGCUGACCAUAUCUGCGGUGAGGGACGUCCGAACUGUUCAUAUCUCCAACACCAACUAUGGAAAUGUUAUGGCUGAGGCUUCCAAGUGCGCCUUUGCCAUCCUGUACCAUACCAGGAACAGAGGAAGGAUAAACAUAACCGAUGUGACCGACUCUCUCUAUGACAGAGAACUGGAGGAUUUGUCUCGUUGUCUAGGGAGAGAUAAAGUCAUAGUGGUGAUUGAUGACCUGGAGGACAGCAGUUUAGCGGCCAAGAACCUUAUCCUGCAGAACCAGCCCAGUAUUGGGAGAUGGGCCGUAGAGCUCUUCCUCUUCAGCGACCAGGAGAAGACUUAUCAUGGAACAGCAUUGUGUGGAAACAAAAUGAAUGAGCUGGCAACAUUAAUAAAGAAUGCAGACAAGAAAUUCCGUCAUGGUCACCCAGUGUACAUGGGCAAUGUCUCCAAUGACAAUGAACCAGCUGAGGGAACAAACUGCUGCCAGAGACUCUGUGAGUUUACAGCAAGACUUUGGAUCUGUAACUCCUUCAAGAUAAUCACCAUAUGCAUAGGUUUCUUGUCCAUCUACAUUUUGAUCCUUGUGAUUUUCCUGGUUUUAAAGUGCAGUAACAAGGCGGAGCCAACAAGUUCUCCGCUAAACACUUCUACUGACCAUUGGGCCACCGUUUUCAGCUCAAUCAGCCCGACCACACUUCCAUUUCCAGAAAACCUUACCUUGAGCCUGGAAAAUGCCACCACUUUCCAGAAAACACCUUGACUCCAGAACUUUCCACCACAACCCCAGUCAAUGUUACCACCAUUCCAGUACUGCCCACCACAGUUGUAGAAACUGUUACCCCUACUUCGGUUAAAGCCACGACCAGUUCAGGAAAUACUCCUUCCCAGAACCUAUCACCCCAAUCCCACUUCCAGACACAGUCAAGGAGAAACUGAAGCAAAUUCAGGAUCUGAUAUCUUCACUCCUUAAUCCCUAGAUACAGGAGUCUUCUUGUACCACUCAUUAUGCCUAAUUGCCUUCAAGAGCUUGGGACUGCAGUAAGACUCCAUUGAGUUCCAACCCAAUCAUUCUCAUUAUGAAGAUCAUUCUAAAAAAAAUGGAUAUUGACGUUCCUCCUGCUUCAUAUAUACAGUAGCACCACAUUGGCCAACUCCCUGGCCAAUUCUGCAUCAAGGACCAGUUCUUUAAUAACAAAACAUUACAUACCACAUAGCCAGCUUACAGACAUCUGCUCCAACUUGUUGGAUCUCUCGAGGGAAUGGGAUGAAACAAUGGGUUUCAGAUGGUAGGAAGGUGAGGAUGAGAUGGGUGAAAGUAUUGGCACAACACCAACGAUACACAAGGCACCUCCUCCCAAUGUAAAUAGUUAAGGGAUUAUGGGGCAGUGAAAUGUUUUCUCUUGGAAAGUAAUAUAACAAUCAUGUUAAAAUAUGGAAAGCAAUGGAUGGUUGAGUGGGUUGGGUUUCUGUGGGCAACAGGUUGGGUUUUAAGUGAAUGGUGGGCAGUAAGUUGGCAUUGAGGAAAGGGCACAAGCUCACCUAUCUGCUGUCGGGGUGGGUUCUAAAGAUGUAUUUUACUCUUGCCAAUUUUAUACCAGAGGGUUCCUCCCCUCUUUAUGCUCUGGUGGGAUCACAUCUAGUUGACCUUCAUGUAGUAAAUCAGGCUCUGGGUUGCAUGGUCACAUGGUCAGAUGCAAGUGGGUAAUAUAUACCAGCAAUGGACUUGGAUUGGUUGGAUCGUUAUCAGACCUAUAGAAAACUUUGGUGCUGUUAUUGCAUUGAUCCUUUUCCAUCCUCAUCAUCAAUAAACUCCUACCAUGUCUCUGCCA